UCAAAGCACUUUCCUUCGGCCAUAAGCUGCUCACGUGGUUUUUGUGUGCCGAUCGUCUGUAGUAAUCUUCGGCUCUUUCCCCGCCACCUCCCUAGUUUUAUUUUCUACUCUCAGCUCUUGCCGAGCUCCUUUCGCCUCUCUCACUCUCUGUCUCUUGCUCUCUUUCUUCCCCUAUGGCCUCCGGCGAAGCCGCCGCAGAGCCUCUAAAAUACAAGACUCUAGCUUUGAAGGUUUCGAUUCACUGCGAAGGAUGCAAGAAGAAAGUGAAGAAGGUUUUGCAAGGCAUCGAAGGGGUUUACAAGACGACGAUCGAUUCCCAGCAGCAGAAGGUCACGGUGACCGGCAACGUUGAGGCCGAUACACUGAUAAAAAAGCUGGUUAAGUCGGGGAAGCAUGCCGAGCUCUGGCCGGAAAAGAAGCCCGCUGGACAAAACGCUCCUGCCGGUGGCGGCGGGAAGAAAAACAAGAAAAAGGGCAGCGGCGCAGCGGCAUCUCCUGGGAAGUCCGAUGAACGGGAUAAUAGCCAGUCCGCUUCAGACGUGGAAAAUAGUUCAUCUGCUGAAACCGCCAAAUCCGACGGCGAGCCGCAGAAUAACAGUGGAAAUGAGACAAAGAAAUCCACUAGCAAGGUCGACUCUGGUGCCACUGCAUCCCCUACGGAGAAACCCGCCGGAGAUGAAGCCGAAAAACCCUCUCCUGGCAGUGGCUCCAAGAAAAAAGGCAAAAAUUCACAGACCAACGCUGCACCCGGCGGCGGCGGUGGCAGUGUGUUCGAAGGUAAGCAGGGGAAUCAGCCGCAGAGUCAAAUUCCGGUCCUUUCCUACCAUAUUCCGGCAUACUCAACUCAGCCUCCGGCAUACGUUUUGAGCUAUAGCACCGCGCAGCCUGCCUCUAGCUAUGGUGGCGCCGCCUACUAUCCUUCCGCAGUGCACCAUAGCAACUAUAUUUUCUCCGGCCACCAGGCUCCAGCUGGUACCCACUAUAUUCCUGCAAUGCCCUCUGCGCCGCUUUCCUCCGACAUGUUCAGCGAAGAUAACGACAAUGCUUGCACUGUCAUGUGACCGCCGGCGAACGGAUUCCGGCGACUGUCAGAUAUAUAAAUAUAUAUAUAAAGUAAGUAUCUUUGUAAGGAUGAGUUGGCUAUGUAUGGUAAAUUGGUGGAACAGUUGAAGCUUUGGAGGUUUUGGGUCUUGUGGCUUUUUUUGCUGUUAAGCUUGAGCAUUAAGGAAUAAAUAUGCUUUGUCCCAUUUAGUGCAAGAAGCUGUCAUAUUGAUUAGAUAUCUGUUUUGUUUUGUUUAUUUUGUGCUAUUUAGCUUUUGGUAAAGUUUGUUAUCUCUUGUCAUUA